AUGGUUGCGGGAAGGAAUGAUAAUGCAAUUGCCGAUGCAUUGAGGAUGUUGGCUGGAUCUCUUGGUCAGAUUCCUCAAGUGAAUGCUGGUAAUCGGAAUGGUGAUGAUGAUGAGUAUCGUACUUUGGGGAAUGAUGCUCAGAGAGUGCAGUUUGGUACUCACAUGCUUGAGAAAGAAGCUGAGGAUUUGUGGGGUAAUAUUGCUCAGAGGUUUGAAGAAGAGGGUAUUCAGAUUACUUGGGAUCUUUUUCACGAUGCAUUCUUGGAGAACUAUUUUCCGGAGGAUUUCCGUGGAAAGAAAGAUGUGGAAUUUCUUGAGAUGAAGCAAGGGAAUGGAAUUGUGGCGGAGUAUGCUGCAAAAUUCCAAGAGUUAAUCAAGUAUUGUCCUCAUUACAGUACUACAAAUGCAGAGAGGUCUAAGUGUUUGAAGUUUGUGAACGGUUUGAGGCAUGACAUUAAGAAGGCUAUUGGUUACCAGAAGAUUACUCAUUUUGCGGAAAUGUCAGACCAGAUGUCAAGACAUCCUUAUAUGACAUAUGAGUCUGCUGUAACUAGAAUUUCAAGGAUUUUCGGCAUUCCGUGUCACGCUUGGAAUAUUGAGUUUUUCAUGGAGUUUGCUAACUGGGUGGGAAGAUACGUCUGUUUAGAUGAGAAUACGUUGUAG